CCCCAUGGCACGCGUCCAGUGUUUCCCAGUCCGUCCAACGGUUAACAGCUCCUAAAAUUAGCGAAUCAAGAGCGCGACCUAUCAAACCCAAAUUAACGGCAGCCAUUAAAAGACAUUCCCGAACAGCGGAAAGCAAUUAGGCAAUCGAAUCAGCAAUGUCACAGUUGUACGAAAUCUCCGAGGUGGCCCAGCAGAACGGCAAGAAUGGCAAACCGUGCUGGCUGAUCAUCAAGGGGAACGUGUACGAUGUAACCAAGUUCCUUGGCGAGCAUCCUGGCGGCGGCGAAGCACUGCUCGAAUACGGCGGCAAGGAUGCCACCAAGGCCUUCAAGCAGGCAGGCCACUCCUCCGAUGCCGAAAAGGAUCUGAAGAACUACAAAAUCGGAGAAAUCAACUCAGCUGCGCCCAUUCAAGUGCAGCCCACGUCCAACGGUGCAGCAAAGCCGGCGGCCAACACAAUAUCCGGAGAUCCCGAACCCGCGAAGAAGAGCUCCUCCGGUUUCUGUUGCUGCUAGUCAUAGGUUUACAUGUCAUUUGAUUGAUUUAUUAACAUAGGAUGAGGUCGUAGUUAGUUUAGCAUAGUUAAAUUGUAAAUAGUUCUAGGUUUAUCUCAUAAUAGCUACAUCAUCAUGUCCACAAUGCUAUCCUAAAAAAGAUCAACUCUUCUUGAACGAUCUGAAUAAAUUGCAAACAAAGCCGGCGGAGCUGCUCCACCAAUUUCAAAAAAAUUAAACUAAAUA